UGUGAGGCUAAAACGAUAUUUUGCACUAAAUGACACUUGUUUUAUACCGAAAAUUAUUCGUUUUGCCAAAGGUGGAUGAGUUUAUAUCCUUUUACUGAGGAGAAAACGCACGAGUUUCGCACGCGCCAGCAGUCACGCGGAAGCGCUCUAGUGCUGUUCGUCCCGCCCAUGGAGGGAGAGAGAGAGAGAGAGAGAGAGAGAGAGAGACUGAGACUGACUUCAGGCUAGCGGGACACUCUAGGAACACAGCUCUAGGACAGGAGCGUUGAUAAAAGGAGUAAAGGAGGAUUCGACCUGAGAGUCAGUUUCUUACCACACAUCGGUCUGUUUGAAUUGUUAGUGUAACCUGUACAAUAACCUGUGGAGUUUGAGCUGUUAGUGUUACCUGUAUAAUAACCUGUGGAGUUUGAGCUGUUAGUGUUACCUGUAUAAUAACCUGUGGAGUUUGAGCUGUCGGUGUAACCUGUAUAAUAACCUGUGGAGUCUGAGCUGUUGGUGUAACCCGUAUAAUAACCUGUGGAGUUUGAGCUGUUGGUGUAACCUGUAUAAUAACCUGUGGAGUUUGAGCUGUUGGUGUAACCUGUAUAAUAACCUGUGGAGUUUGAGCUGUUGGUGUAACCCGUACAAUAACCUGUGGAGUUUGAGCUGUUGGUGUAACCCGUACAGUAACCUGUGGAGUUUGAGCUGUUGGUGUAACCCGUACAGUAACCUGUGGAGUUUGAGCUGUUAGUGUAACCCGUACAGUAACCUGUGGAGUUUGAGCUGUUAGUGUAAUCUGUAUAAUAACCUGUGGAGUUUGAGCUGUUAGUGUUACCUGUACAAUAACCUGUGGAGUUUGAGCUGUUAGUGUAACCUGUACAAUAGCCUGUGGAGUUUGAGCUGUUAGUGUAACCUGUAUAAUAACCUGUGGAGUUUGAGCUGUUAGUGUAACCUGUACAAUAACCUGUGGAGUUUGAGCUGUUGGUGUAACCUGUAUAAUAACCUGUGGAGUUUGAGCUGUUGGUGUAACCUGUACAGUAACCUGUGGAGUUUGAGCUGUUGGUGUAACCUGUAUAGUAACCUGUGGAGUUUGAGCUGUUGGUGUUACCUGUAUAAUAACCUGUGGAGUUUGAGCUGUUGGUGUAAUCUGUAUAGUAACCUGUGGAGUUUGAGCUGUUGGUGUAACCUGUAUAAUAACCUGUGGAGUUUGAGCUGUUGGUGUAACCUGUAUAGUAACCUGUGGAGUUUGAGCUGUUGGUGUUACCUGUAUAAUAACCUGUGGAGUUUGAGCUGUUGGUGUUACCUGUAUAAUAACCUGUGGAAUUUGAGCUGUUGGUGUAAUCUGUAUAAUAACCUGUGGAGUUUGAGCUGUUGGUGUUACCUGUAUAAUAACCUGUGGAGUUUGAGCUGUUGGUGUAACCUGUAUAGUAACCUGUGGAGUUUGAGCUGUUGGUGUAACCUGUAUAAUAACCUGUGGAGUUUGAGCUGUUGGUGUUACCUGUAUAAUAACCUGUGGAGUUUGAGCUGUUGGUGUAACCUGUAUAGUAACCUGUGGCAUUUGAGCUGUUGGUGUAAUCUGUAUAGUAACCUGUGGAGUUUGAGCUAUUAGUGUAACCUGUAUAGUAACCUGUGGAGUUUGAGCUGUUAGUGUAACCUGUAGAAUAACCUGUGGAGUUUGAGCUGUUAGUAUUACCUGUAUAAUAACCUGUGGAGUUUGAGCUGUUAGUGUAACCUGUAUAAUAAUCUGUGGAGUUUGAGCUGUUAGUGUUACCUGUAUAAUAACCUGUGGAGUUUGAGCUGUUAGUGUUACCUGUAUAAUAACCUGUGGAGUUUGAGCUGUUAGUGUAACCUGUAUAAUAACCUGUGGAGUUUGAGCUCUUAGUGUAACCUGUAUAAUAACCUGUGGAGUUUGAGCUGUUAGUGGAACCUGUAUAAUAACCUGUGGAGUUUGAGCUGUUAGUGUAACCUGUAUAAUAACCUCUGGAGUUUGAGCUGUUAGUGUAACCUGUAUAAUAACCUCUGGAGUUUGAGCUGUUAGUGUAACCUGUAUAAUAACCUGUGGGAAGCAGUGUGACCCCAGACUGCAGGAGGAUGGAGCAGGCAUACGGGGCAGGAAAGGCCGGAGGAGCCUUCGAUCCGGGAGCGUUUAUCCAGCAGCCUCAGCCUAUCCUACGCUUCGUGUCCUGGAUCUUUUCCAUAGUGAUUUUCGGGUGUAUAGCCAACGAGGGCUAUGUGAACAGACCUGAUCAAGAGGAGGAGUACUGCAUCUUUAACCGUAACCAGAAUGCCUGUAACUACGGUGUGGCUGUGGGCUCUCUGGCCUUUCUCACCUGUCUUGCCUUCUUGGCCUUGGACGUGUAUUUCCCACAAAUCAGUGGAGUCAAAGACCGUAAGAAAGCCGUUCUGGCAGACAUCAGCAUCUCAGCCGUCUGGGCCUUUAUGUGGUUUGUGGGCUUCUGUUUCCUGACCAAUCAGUGGCAGGUGAGCAAUCCUGAAGACAAUCCCUUAAACGAGGGUGCAGAUGCAGCAAGGGCAGCCAUCACAUUUUCCUUCUUCUCCAUCUUCACCUGGGGUGCGCUAACGUUUCUCGCUAUGGAGCGUAUGAAGAGAGUUUCGUUUGAAGAGGAGUACAACAAACUGUUCACCCCUCAGCCUCCUCCCCCAUUUGUCUAACAUGCUACACACUUAUGCAAGCACAGGGAACAGGUGCUGGUGUCCAUCCACCAUGAUGCCAUUUCUUUCUCUCUCUCUCUCUCUCUCUCUCUCUCUCUCUUUCUCUCUUUCUCUGAGUUGCAUGAUAUUCACACAGUAAGAGGGAUAUCUUGGAAAUAUAUCACUUUUACACACACAAUCUGAAAUGGUCUGAAGUGAGGUAAAUGCAGAGUGUGUUGAAUGAAAUACUGUGCAAGAAAAUACCAUUUGCACAGAAUACCAGUGUUGAUCAUGGGCUGGAAGAUAGUGUUUAUAUUCUUGAAGUCGCAAUUAGAG